CUUCCCUGACCUCAAGCAUCACUGCAUCGUUCUCGCGGAGGGACGGUUGACAGACAACACAAGCCCGCAAUUAUGGCCAAAGAACACCUGAACAACGAUGAGGUACAUUGCAAUUCUAGCCAAUUCCCCCAUAGGACUCCAAAAAUACAAACAAAAAACAUACAGCUAACACCACAAACAAACAGUUCUUCGCCCAACUAGCAACUCUCUUUGAGUCCUCCACUCACGGCUCCAUCUACCUCACCCAAAAACGCAGUAUGAGCGCCCGUACCUCUUACAAUUGACAACAAACACUUACUCAAUCAUUCUAGUGACGUACGGCACCUCCGCCGAACCAACACCACAAGAAGCGACCGAACCACAAACACCCUUCCCAGACCAAUCUCUCGCCUCUCCCACCUCAAUCAUAGUCCGAGCCACCAACGGAAAGUCCAAGGCCGCCCGCGCAGAGGGGAAGAAAAUAAAGCUAUCUACAAUCGUUGAAUACGAUGCCUUAGAAGGGUUCUUCACGCGGUAUGCGGAGGUGUGUAAGGGCAAGAUGAGCGGAUUGAAGAAGCGGGAUAGAAGUAAGGCCAAGGAGAAGCUGAAGGCUAAGAAGAAGAAGCUGGGUGCUGGUGGGGAGGCUAAGAAGGCAUGAGUGUGAAUUGUCUAGUGGAUGAGAAGCAUGUCGUGA